GAUUAUAAUACAUAAGUGAAUACAAUAUAUGUUAAAGGUUAAUUACACUACUUAAAUAUUCAACUAUAUAUUAAGUAACAUUAAUAAUGAUUUCUAUUAUAAAUAAUAAUUGAAAAAUUACACUACAAAAAAAAGAUUGUUUUUACUCUUAAUUAUAAAAGAGGAUAUGGCACGAAACUGCGAUUAAAAAGUUACAGUAUUAUACAGUGGAUAAAAAAUGCUUAACGAUUUAAAGUGAAUGAAAAACAAAAAAACAGGAUAUAUUUAUAUAUAUACAUAUAUUUUGAAUUCAACUCAACACUGGCUAUAUACAUUGAUACAAAUAUAAAUAAUAUUGAAAUCUAUUUCAUGUUCAACGUUAUUAGUAAAACAAAAACCUAUAAAUAUUCAACUAAUUGCAAUAUGCUUUCAAUGAAAUUAAAUGAAAAACUAUACUACUUGCUUUCUAAACAUUUACUAUACAAAAUACAAUCAUAGUUUUUUCUGAUUCAGAAUUUUAACAACACUAUUGAGUAACAUUUAAGUGUUUUUAGCAUUUAUCUAUAAUAUUAAAACAAUAAAAAUCUUCAAAUAAAAAUUUUAAAUUGGAUUUUUAAUUUCUAUAAGAACGCAACACUUUAUAUACUCCAAAAUCGAAUUCUAUUAAUGCAACGGCUUUGAAAAUAUUAUAAAUCAACUAUAGCACAAAACCACUAAUGGAAUAAUUUUUAAACUUUCAUGCGGUAUAAUAUAAUAUAAUCAUUGUGAGGUGGAGUAAUUCAAUUAUACAAGAAAUGUGUAAAUAUGAAAAAAGCAUCAAUCGGAAGAAAUUAAAUUUACUUAAGUACGACACUUAAAAGAGGAGCAAAAUCAACGGAAAGGCAACAACAUCAGAAAAACUAUAAUUAUAAUAAAAAACGCAGAAAAAUUAUAAUAAAUUUUAAAAGUUUAAACACCUGCUGCUAUCCUGUUGAUAUUUCUAAUUGUAGAGCCAACUUUUCACUAUUAUACAAAUGCAUAUAAAUUGGUAUUAAAAAUUUUAUUUAAGAAACAACUAAAAGCAAAUAAAACAAAAUUAUAAGAAGAUAGAAAAAGAAGUAUUUAUUAUCAAAUUCAUAAGAAAAUAAGAAAGAAAUAACAAUAUAAUCCGGCACAGAAUCGCUUGUUUUUUUCUAAAUUUACACACAAACAAACAACAAGAAAAGAAAAACGUUAGAUUUGUUAGUGUCGAGUAUUAAUAAUUUUUUUUCUGUUUUAUACGUUUUUCUUUUUAUAAUAGUCUUGAUGUUUUCGCUGUCUGGUUUCUGGUGGAUUAUCCUUUAAAAUUAUAUAAAUAAUUUUUUUAUUGCACUCAUACAGACACGUAAAACUGAAAGAUAAUUUCAAAAUAUAUAAAAUAGAUAUAGAUAUAUAUAGAUAUAACAGUUUAUAUCAAAAUCUAUAUAUAUAUAUAUAAAUAUUAUAAGAAAAUAAUAUGGCCGAUGAGCGUAUCCGGUUAGUAAUAUUAGGUGGGGCAGGUGUUGGUAAAAGUUGUAUAGUUAAACGUUUUCUAACAAAAACCUAUACGGAUAAAUAUCGAGCAACUGUAGAAGAUUUAUACAAUCGGGAAUAUGAUUUGGGAACUGUAACACUUAAGGUAGACAUACUUGAUACAUCGGGUGAUAUGCAAUUUCCUGCAAUGCGACGAUUAUCAAUAGCUACAGCACAUGCAUUUCUAUUAGUUUAUGCAACAACAUCAGCCCAAAGUUUUCUUAGUGUUAAGCAAUGUUUUGAAGAGAUACGAGAGCAACGAGCUGAUUUUCAAGAUAUUCCAAUCGUAAUAGCUGGUAAUAAAUCAGAUUUGGCGCAAACACAUAGAGAAGUUAAAUUAGAAGAAGUUUCUGAUUGGGUUUAUUGUGAAUUGCCGAAAUUAAGGGCAAAAGUUUUAGAAUGUUCCGCUAAGGAUAAUUACAAUAUAACAGAAUUAUUUAAAACAUUAUUAUCCUUAUCAAAAUAUGUGACUGCAGGUAAUAGUUCCAGUGAAACACCAUUAAAACGGAGGUCAUCAGCGUAUGUUAGUGCAACAAGUAAAGUUUCGAACUUUUUUACAGGUAAAACACGAGUUGCAAGUCCAUCAAUAUCACAAGAAAAACGACAAGCUUUAUUAGACUCUGACCCAGCAACUAGUGGUGAAUCAAAAUUAAAACCACGAUCAAGGUCCUUAAUUCGACGAUCAUCAAGGAAAACAAAACAACAAAUACAAAAUGCAAAUGAUGAUUGCAAUAUUCAAUAGAUGAAUUUAAAAUAAAAAAAAAAACAAUAAAAUUUAUUGCUUUAUAUAGGCUUUUUAAAAAAAAAUAAUAAUAAAUUAGAAUUUAUUUUGAAAUUGA